AUGGAGCGAUAUGCACUUUCAGCUCUCUGUCUUGGUCUCUUCCUACUGAUCCAUCAAUCCCAAUGUACAAAUAAAGUCAUCUUCAUAUCCUUUGACGGAUUCCGUCAUGACUAUCUUGAUAUGGCCAAAGCGAAGGGCAUAAACAUCUCGGCAUUUGAAGAAAUACGAUCGCAAGGAUUUCAGGCCAUAGUUAACAAUGUCAUGACAACUCUAACCUUCCCAUCACACUUCUCCAUGGCUACGGGUAGGAAUGUUGAAAACCACGGUCUUGUUGGGAAUAAAUUCUACGAUCCCGAAACAGCCAAAAAAUACGCUUAUACAAAUAGCAACAAUAAUGUUGAACCUGAGUGGUUUGAAUAUGCUGGCUCGGAAGCACUUUGGGCAACGAAUGAGAGACAUGGCUACCGGAGUGCUGUUUUUUCAUGG